UGGGCUCCCUCAGAAGGCCUCGGCGGUCCCGCUGCCACCGUGCCCAGGGCGAUCGUCUACCCCGUACCUGGGCUGUCGGGACUUGGCGACAUGAGCUCCCCCGACGAGGAUGAGGGGUCCGUUUGGAGAACAGGGGUCGACGCAGAGGGCGGGGAGCAGGCCGGAGGACUAGGCCAUGCUUUGGGGGUGCCGCUGAGCAGCCAGGGCGAGAGCGGGUUCCCAGACCCCGAGGGCUUCGAGGAGGAGCAGGAAGUGAUGGAAGCGGGAAGGGGGGUGCUCUGGGGUCGCGAAGGCCGACCUGGCUCUCCGGCCGACGUCGACGGGGACACUCUGGACUACCUUGGCGGUGAGGCCGCGAUGGCCAUCCUGCAGCAGCUGACCGACCGGGAUGACUUGGGUGUCCGCAGAAACCCCUCCCCAGAGAGCUGCGACUCUGAAGUGUCCACCCUUUGGGUGGACUUACAGUCAGGUCCCAGUGGUAGAGGCGCGCAGGCCCAUGAUUUGGUGGGAUCGCCGCUGCCUUCCGCCCCCUCGUUGCACCUCAGGGGGCCUGAGGGAGGCCGAGCCUGGGGAAACCCGAAAAGAGGUGCUAAGAAUAGGUCGGAAGUCACCGUGGGUCGCCAGCGGUCCUCUGCGGAAGGCCUGGUCGGCUCGCCUUCCGACUCCGAGUCAUCAGAUGAGUUCGGUGAGAUGCAGCUGAUGAGGGUGAGCAUCUGUCGCAAGGGCAGAGGCCAGGCCAAACCCAAGAGCCCACAGGGCACACCCAGACACUCGAUUACCCAUGUCCGGGAGAAGUUCCUUCGCGUGCCAGGCUCUUUCCUGCACUCCGCUCCCCGACCACUCGCUUCGGUCGGGGAAAGGCAGGCUGUUGGGGAGCUGGACGUGUCCUCUAAGAAACCCCACAGUGUGGUCUGGGGGAAGGCGGGGAGCAGGUCCAGCUACCUGCCGGGAGCUGCUGCUGCUGCAGUCAGCCUGCCCAAGGUCACUCUUGGAAGGAAAGUGGUCGAGAAGAAAUUCCUAGGGGGGGCCUCCAAAGUUGCCCUCCUGAGUACCUUUCCUUCCUGGGGGCAGAGUGUCUCAGCAGCUCCCCUGGAACCAGCCACCUUCCCCCCAAUCUCUGGUAUUCCACUGCUUGGGAGGGGCAAGAGGUACUCCUUGGUCCCUUUGGGAACCAAACGGUCCAAGCACACUGGCGCUGGGCAGAAGUCUGUGGCCAGGAGGAAGAGGGAGUCCCUGCCAGUCAUGGUAGAAGAUAAGGAACCGAAGAGAGAGCCAGGCCCAAAUGUCCCACCUCCGACACACAGUCCAGGGCCAUCAUGUCGAGAAUGCAACAGUGGCGACGGCAACAACAGAGCCGCCCGGAUGCCAGGACACUCACAGCCCUUGGCUCUGAGCCAGGGAGAAGGCUUGCCCAGAGGGCCCACACCCUCCAGUGAGUCCGGUGACCAGGAACCACUUGGACAUCCCCCAACGCGGGAAAGGCAGCAGCAACCACCUGGAGCAGAGGGUUGUCCUCAGUGCCCAGAGCUGCAGAGACAAAUAUACAACCUUAGACUGCAUCUAG